AACAUCACACAAGAGUUUAGGACAGGCAGUGAAGAGGAGUAUUGUGACCAAGUGAAACAUCAGGGGGAGUUCUAGCUCCUGAACAUGUCCCGGAAGGAUCCCUGCCAGAAACAAGCCUGUGAAAUACAGAAAUGCUUGCAAGCGAACAACUACCUGGAGUCCAAGUGUGAAGCUGCACUUCAGGAGAUGCGGAAAUGCUGCGCUCGGUACCCCAAGGGCAGAUCCAUCUGUUGUUCAGGGUUUGAGAGAGAAGAAAGGGAGAGAGAAAAGGUUAAGUUGACUUCAGAAGGAAUUUCCCCACCACCUCAGUAACACAAUGCAGCUCCAGCAGGUGCUGGAGCAUGGACUCACUUGAAGAGCUCAUGUGUGUUUUUUCAAGCCUUCUUUAGACUUUCAGAAAAGCCAGAUUGCUCCUGGAACACACCGUUCAGCACACCAAAAAGCAUUACACAGUACCAACAUAUGGCCUGGUUAACAAACUUUAUUUUCUGUAUGAAAACAUAAUCUAUGUUGCCUCUGCAUCACACCUGUGAAAUGUCAACUUGAUGUUUUUAGGAUGCUUACCUUACUCUAAUCCAUCCUUGCUCUAAAAAUGGAGAAUUGGAACAGUUAUUCUGGCUUCUGGAGUGAGAGGUACAGGAAAUGAGCUCAGAAGAGUGAGUUUAAACAUGAAGCCCAUCUUGGUAAAACAAAGGUAUUGCUGCCACCAUGCAGUAGUUCCAGACAACAUUUGCCUGUCCAGUGGUUCAAGCUCAAGAAUGGGAAUCAGGUCUGAUGAUUGUUCCUAAGUCUUGCAUAGAUCAUGAGUGACUACAAGUCACUUUGCCUAAGUGCCUCACUUUUCCACUGGACAGAGUUGUUUAUUUUAUAUUUUAAUUGACUACACGCUGCUAUUUGCAUGAUAAAGAUGUUACAGGAUUAUUUCAGGGAUUGCUACAGGGAUAGGAUAUUUUUUUAAAAAAGCAAUAUUCAUUUGAAAGAUUUGACUGUUGAUACAAAAUUUAUAAAUUUAUGUCUAAUUGAACACCUUUAAGCAAUAUGCUUUGAAUCCAAGUUUAGUUAAAACUGCUGAUACCCAAAGGCCUAUCACAGAGCCCUGGGCUAGAUCCAAGAACUGACUUAGGUGCUGCUUACUGAACAAGCAGUUGUAGGCAGUUAUUUUCCACACAGCAUUCCAGACUCACUCCCAAGCUGGCUGUGUCUGGACCCCAGGAGAGAUGGCUUUCCAGAAGCUCUCGGCCAUGCAGCAGAAUUUCCUGUGACCUGUAGGAAGAGCUCAUAGACAGGUUCCUGCACCACCCUUCAGAGCUGCCUGUCUCGCUGUCCCCUGUAGCAGGAGUCCAGGCACCCAAAUAUCAGGCUCCCAACCCACUAGCCCUAACUCUGUAUUAGAUCUAGCCGUAAAGGACUUUUGUGCUGUGAUCAAGUACAACUUACUUAUGAAAUAGAGCUUCUAUAAACCACUGAGGUCUAGGCAAAAUAGUUGUGUGUAUUGAAGCCUAGAAGAGCAAACCAUCUGUAUUCACUGCUCUGAAAUACCAUGGUACAAAAUAAACGACUGGAACAAAU